AUGUUUAUAUCGGAGCAAUAAAGUCAAAGCCCGCCCAAAGGAGGGGCUACUCAGGGCAUCUGUGGGUCAUAUAAAGGUGCCCCACAGUCUAGUUGGCAGCCCACUGAAGAACUGAGACAGAGCAAGAGAGAGAAGGAACACCACCAAACAGCAAUGGCAUCUUUAGGAUUGCAGAUUUUGGGCAUCGGGCUGGCAGUGCUUGGAUGGAUUGGAAACAUACUGAUCUGUAUGCUGCCCCUGUGGAAGGUGUCUGCUUUCAUUGGGAACAACAUCGUGGUGGCUCAGACCAUCUGGGAAGGACUGUGGAUGACCUGUGUGGUGCAGAGCACGGGUCAGAUGCAGUGCAAGGUCUAUGACUCCCUGCUGGCUCUGCCUCCGGACCUCCAGGCGGCUCGGGCUAUGGUGGUCAUCGCCAUCCUGUUCUCUCUGUUUGGCUUGCUGCUUUCUGUGGUCGGAGGGAAAUGCACCACCUGCAUUGGGGAUAAGGUGGCAAAAGCCAGAGUGGCCAUCUCCGCAGGUGUUUUCUUCAUCCUGAGUGGGGCUCUGUGUCUGGUGACUGUGUCUCUGCCUGCUAACACUAUCAUAAAGGACUUCUACAACCCCAUGGUUCCUGAUGCGCAGAGGAGGGAGUUGGGUGCAUGUUUGUACAUGGGCUGGGGAGCAUCAGGACUGCUGCUGAUCGGUGGUGCUCUUCUCUGCUGUCAGUGCCCGUCAGGAGGAGACCGCUAUAAUGGAGCAAAGUACUCUGCACCUAAAUCCACAACACCUGGGAAGGAGUUUGUCUGAGUUGCUGUAUUACAUGAGAAGCAGCGCCCUUUGAGAAGCACUUGACUUUACAUACAAACCUGCUUAUCUAGUCGUGAUUGCGUGGUGUCGUUGUGACUAACAUUUUUUUUACUAACACACUGCAGCCUUCUGAAAUAUACAACUCUAAAGUAUGUGCCAUGUUACAAUAAUGUAAAUGGAGUUAGGAUUGCAGUAUAAUCCAUUUUUUCUUUUUUCCACAUCGUUUUAUGUUUUAAUUUCAAUAUUAAAACAGUCUGGCUCAGA